ACGCACCAGGCCCGGAAACGGAAAGGAAAGCAAAGCAGGGGACGUGUUUGGCAGAGGGACGCGCUCAGCCGGUUGCCCUUAGUUUCCCCGCGAUGUUCCGGAGGGUCUCGGCGCUGCUGCCUCUUCGCCCGCCGUCCCGCGUCCCUUUGCCCUCCGGAAGCCCGCAGGCGUCCGCGGCUGCAGUUUUGCCUCUCGCUGCUGCUCCUGGAACGGUCAGGACAAAAAAUAUCCAAAGAUAUUUUGGUACCAGCAACGUGAUCAAUAGCAAGGAAGAUGAGAAAUCUUGUCCAACUGAUAAGAUUUCCAGAGAGCCUUCGGAGAGCCAAGACUCUGUAAGUGAGCAUAAGAAGAAAGACUUACUAAACAUUAUUAAAGGCAUGAAAGUUGAGUUAAGUACCGUAAACGUACAAACAACAAAGCCACCCAGCAGAAAAGCACGUCAAAGUGUAGAGGCUGUAAUGGGAAGGCGCCGAAGAGCUGCAAGAGAUGAGCCAGAGAAGCGAAAUGAGCCCCUGAGCCCUGCCUUGGAGGCGGCUGUGUCUGCUGUUGCAGCUUCUCUCCCCUUUGACAAGCAGGUGACCAAAUCCGAUCUGCUCAGGCAGCUGCAGCAGCACGAGCAAAGCUCAGUGUCCCAGAAGGAGGGAGAGAAACGUAAAAUCAGUUUUAGUAACAUCAUAUCAGAUAUGAAAGUUGCCAAAUCGACUAGAACUAGAACAUCAAGACCAGAGCAUCAGAUUCAGUUUGAUGAAGGAUUUAACAGUUCUCUAGAACAGGAGCUAUCAGCUGAUUUUAAAAAAAGUCUUAAAAAUUUAUUCAAAGGGAAGCGACUUAAUAUUUUUGACGUUAAGCAACUUAAUGAAGAAGCUCCUCUAACAGAAACAUCACUUUCUCUCUGGGAUGUGGAAUUUGCAAAACAGUUAGCCCUGGUAAAGGAACAGCCCUUUCAGAAUGGACUUGAGGAAAUGAUCCAGUGGACAAAAGAAGGGAAACUGUGGGAGUUCCCAAUCGACAAUGAAGCCGGCUUUGAUGAUGAUGGUUCAGAAUUUCAUGAGCAUAUAUUUCUGGAUAAAUACCUGGAGGAUUUUCCAAAACAAGGACCAAUUCGCCACUUCAUGGAGCUGGUGACUUGUGGCCUUUCCAAAAACCCAUAUCUGAGCGUUAAACAGAAGGUUGAACACAUAGAGUGGUUCCGAAAUUAUUUCAAGGAAAAAGGAGACAUUUUAAAAGAAAAUAACAUACAGCUCAACUAACACCUUGGAAAUUUUUAUUUCAGGCUAUUGGAGAUGGAUAUUAUAAUGAAAUAAAGUAAUUUUACUAAUUUUUAUGUUAAUCAUAACAUCUGAUUUGAUUGAUAUAAAUAUGAGAAUUUUUAAAGUAUGAUGGUACUUAAAAAUAUCCUUCUGCGGAGAAAAUCCAUUCAUAGGCUCAAAAGUGUCUCUGAGACUUAGUGAUAGGUGUAAGACAACUCCACCUAACUCAUUUCUUUUUACUCAGUGUCUUUGAAAUAGAGUGUAAUUAUUAGUCAUAUAUCUGAUGACACCGAAGUACUUGCACUAGUCCUUUAGGUUUGUUUGUCUUGUUUUGGUUUUGCUAUUAAAACAAAAUACCAGAAGCAG